AUGGCCAUGCUUUUUAGGGAUGAGUUGAGUCUGUCGGGCAUAACGCAGUAUUACAUCGACACAGCUAGUGAGGAGUGGAAAUUCGAGACACUUACCGACAUCUUCGCCUCAAUAUGCGUCCCGCAGACAGUAAUUUUUGUGAACACCCGACAUAAGGCGGACUGGUUAUCGGGGCGACUGUGCGUAGACGGCUUUACGGCGACUGCUGCUCACGGCGAUCUCGAUCAGGCAACAAGAGAUCGUGUAAUGAAUGCGUUUCGGGCAGAUUCCCCAUUUUAUCGAUCAAGUGGAAAGUCAAAUGAUUUGACUUUGGGUUCUUGCACUUCUUUUGAAUGGCAUGACUUGAGCAAUAAAAUGCCUAAUUCUAUGGGAUAA